UUCUCUCAGAGUGUAAAUGUCCAGUGCAAGCAGCAGUUCGCUCUGUAAUGGAUCUAUAAUGGAUGUGUGAUGGCUGUAUGAUGACUGUAUGAUGAAAGUAUGAUGGCUGUAUGACUGAUGUGUGAAUACGAUGCAGAUGUGAUGUAAAUGUUGUCCUGCACCGUGGGAUGUUGGUUCCCACCGUAAGGGAAGUCCUGCGCAUGGGCUGAAUGCACCAGAAUAUGGGCGUGAGUCAGACACGCGAGUUGCCGGUGUUUGAUCAAGAUGAAGACGUGAACUUUGACCACUUCCAGAUUCUCAGGGCCAUCGGGAAAGGGAGUUUUGGUAAGGUGUGUAUAGUGCAGAAGCGUGACACAAGGAAGCUGUACGCGAUGAAGUACAUGAAUAAAUACGCGUGUGUGGAGCGUGACGAGGUGAGGCACGUAUGCAGGGAGCUGCAAAUCCUGCAGGAGAUACAGCACCCAUUUCUUGUCAACCUGUGGUACUCAUUCCAGGAUGAAGAGGACAUGUUUAUGGUAGUGGAUCUGUUACUGGGUGGAGAUCUGCGCUACCACCUGCAGCAGAAUGUCCAGUUUAAAGAGGAGAUAGUAAAACUAUACAUCUGUGAGCUAGCAUUGGCACUCGGCUACCUACAGUCCUGCCACAUCAUCCACCGUGACAUAAAACCAGAUAACAUUCUGCUGGAUGAGCAUGGUCAUGUCCACAUCACAGAUUUUAACGUUGCCACAUUACUAAAGGACUCAGCAAGGGCUUCAUCUAUGGCAGGAACCAAACCGUAUAUGGCCCCAGAGAUGUUCCAGUCAUUUGUAGAUGGUGGUCCUGGUUACUCUUAUUCUGUGGACUGGUGGGCUUUGGGCAUCACGGCAUAUGAGCUCUUACGAGGAUGGAGGCCAUAUGAUAUCCACUCCAGCACAACCACUGAGGAUGUCAUCAGCAUGUUCCGCUGUGAACGUGUACGGUAUUCAUCCUCCUGGUCUAAUGCCACGGUGGCUUUGCUGCGCCUGCUGCUCAAUAAAGACCCAGAGAUUCGGCUGUCGUGUGUAUCGGACCUUCAGCGCCUUCCGUACCUGGCGGAUAUGAACUGGGAUGCUGUGCUGGAGAAAAGGGUUUCACCAGGAUUUAUCCCCAACAGAGGACGUCUGAACUGUGACCCGGUGUUUGAGUUAGAAGAAAUGAUUCUGGAGUCUAAGCCACUGCACAAAAAGAAAAAACGACUGGCCAAGAGCAAACACACCAACAAAUCACUGCCACCCCACAUGCAGCAGCGUCUAGAAACCGUCAGAAAGGAGUUUGUCAUCUUCAACAGAGACAAGUUGCAGAAGCAGAGUGACAGUGCAAAGAAAGGAUCUUCACUAAAAAGACAGGACAAACUGCAGGAAGGGCAUAGCAACAACGACAACAGCCACACUGUCAAAGCAAAAUGAAAACACACGCAGACUUGGUGAAAACAUUGAGUCCAGAUUCACUCUGAACAACACCUUGACGUCCUUCUACAGCACCAUCCUUCAUACACACCCACUUAGCAGAACACGCAGCACAAAACCAGACCCUUUGCCUUACUACAAUGACUGUGUAUGUGUGUGUUUUUAUUUUUUAAAAAUGACUGAACGAUUGCUAUUUGGUAGCUUUCAGCCGAAUAGCAUUAGCAACUAUUAGCAUUUAUUAGUGUCCUGCAGCAUUCCGUCUGAUUAUGCAGUUCAUGUCUCUGUUACUGUGUAAAUGAUGUGUUUAUAAUACAUUAUAAUAUGUAUGUAUAAUUGCAUUUUUUUUUGCAUGUUCCCAUGUUUACGUUUUUUAAAGAAUGAAAUCACUUGUCUAGAGGCAAAACCAUUUGAUUACUACCUGUUUUGAUUCAUUUUAGCCUUCCAAAAAACAACAUUAAUUAUGUAUUAUAAAAUGAUCGUGUUUUGACUUUAAACAUGGAUAGAGAAUUUUGAAGAGAAUAAGUGGGGAAAUAACCACUGAAAUUGAUAAUUAGUGCUAUCAGUGGCCAAAACCAUACCUUAAGCUUCCAUUUCCCAUUUUUAUUUUUGACAUAAUAUGUUCACAAGGGGACACUAUCAGUGUUUACAAUAUAGCUUUGAAAUCGGUAUGAAAACCAGACGUUGAUAUCACCAGCACUACUCCUGAUUCAACGUUACCAAGCUAACAUUACGUUAAAUGGGCAACUCAACCGGCAGGUACACGUCCAUAGCUACUAAUACAAAGGGUGAAUUUGAAAAACAUCAAUGAAAUUUGUUGAAUGCAAUCCAAUUAGUAAGAACUAACAUAAAAAUAUUUUUUUACUAUUUAAGUAUUUCCUUGUGUUCCUGGUAAAGGGUUAAGAGUCCUAAUGCUAUGCAUUAAAAAGCUGCCAGUCCCUCAUCUCCUAGGCUGAAUGUUGGUUUCAAGAAACAAACUUUCAACUAUUACCUUACUAUGUCCAACUGCCAGUCAUGAGCACUACCCAGUACUGAAGACUAUGCCAGUGAGCGGGCUGACCCUGCAAGUGACUGCCUUCCGAACUGCUGGACACAAGUGCUUAACAUGGAAAGCAAGACACAAAGUGAUCAUCCACUCCUGGCAAAGUGUUUCCUCAGAUGUGGUGGCCACCUAUACUAUCCUGUCAGGCAAUGAGAAUGCAAUAAUCCAACUGCUGCAUACCCAUUAGCUGCGUGGACAUCCAACAACAUCAUCUCACAAACCUGGGACCCCUUCCAUUGGCCUGGCCUUGGCAUGCAAGUAUGGAACUUCUGUAAACAAUGCCCUGUCUACCAGUACACCUUGUCCCAGAAAUAACCACCGGCUCCCCUUAUGCCUUUCCCAGGGGCCUUACAGACUGCUGGAUAUGGCUAAAGAGGCUUGGGAACAGUGGCCUUCCUCCUCCUGAUGGGUGAUUUAAUCACACUCAGCAGAUGCAGAAACACACAGGCAACAUCAUGCCAGAUCACAGCCGGGAGACCCAGUGCACACAAAAGCAGACCUACAACCUUGAUGCCCAGCCUUGAAGUUGAGGACCCUGAGGUUCUGUAACAAUUUCAAGAGGCACAAUAAGAACUCAGAGUUGGCAUCUACCCAAUGCCACUGGUGAAUGAAUAAAUCAGAAGGCUGGGGUGGUACACUUCUAACAUGGACCUUACCCUUGGCUAUUGCCAUAUCCCCUUGUGCCAAAAUCUAACCCCAAAACAGGUUUUUCCAUGCCCAGUGGAUUCUGACAGUACUGGGUUCUGCCAGAAAGAGCAGAGAGGGCUGGGACAGGUUCAGUCCACUUUUUAAGGAGUUGACAUGAUAAACUUCUGCAACCUUCCAGCAGUUCCUGGACAUUGUGCUGUAUCCCAACCACUGCUGUAGUGCAGCCUACCUUGUUGUUGCUGCCAGUCAAUCAAAGACCUGGGCAGAGCAUCUCAUGUACCUCCAGAAAGAUGCCCUGUGUGUGUGGCUAUACUAUAAAUGAAAGAAGUGUCACUUAGGGCUGGCUGAAGCACAGUACCUCAGACACAGUGGAGAGCACUGUCUAACACAUUGGUGCAAAGUCGUCCAUAGGUGUUCAAUUUUGUUGAGAGAGGCCAUACUCAUCAAACCAAUCAGUGACUCCUCAUGCCCUGUGGAUGGGGGCAUUUGUUUCCAUUUUUUUUAGUUUUGUUAGUUUUUGGGAUUUCAUUAUUAUCUACAUUCUCUUCCUAGCUCCAGUGCAAACUGGAGACAUGGUAUACAUAUUGAUUUUUUCCCCAAACUGUUCGUCAAAUAAUUUUUGAUGAUGACAUUUUGAAAGCAACUGGAUCAAUAAAAUUAGUGGGGAAGAGGUGAUGUGGUUAAGGUGAAAAGCAGAUCUGUUUCAACUUAAACCAAUGGCUAAAAUUACA